AUGGCUGUAGGAAAACUAAUUGCGGCUGCAGCUGCAGCAUUGCUGAUUGCAGCAACUAUCGAAUCCUCUACUAUCACCAGUAGUCAUGUAUUAGUUAACAGUAGACUUGAAAUCAGUGUCGAGUCUCUGUUAUCGGAAAUCUGUGGUGUAAAUUCGUCAUUGCUUAGCAUUUCGGUAAAAUCGCUAAGCAGCGAGUUCAGCGAUCGGACUGUCGAGCAUCUGUGUGGUGAGCAGAAAACGACCUCGGUUUUGCUAUGGAUUCCAACCGGAAAUUUCGGUGAUCUUUCGGACACUGGAUCGUCCAAGCGUUACCUGGGUAAGAGCAUUGGCGAUGAAGAGUUUGCCGAAUAUUGUAGCUACGAUGUAACGACUAACAAGUGUGCCACGGUUAAUGGCGGUGUGGACGGAGUGGUGUUACUGUUGGCAGAGAAAUACCCCGAACGGUACGAGUUGCGCGAUUUAGUAUUUAAAAAGUGGACCAACACUACUCGACUCGGAUCGCCCCUGCUGGCAUACGCUACACUGAAAAACCGCGACGCCGCUUAUCGAUAUGUGGAUCAGGAUAUUUCUUAUCUAGCCGAUACGAGGGUCGAGUACAUCCUUCCGGACAUUGUGGCGCAGGGUGUGUCGCUGUCAGUUUAUCGAGGAAAAACGGAGACAUACAAAUUGAUCACUGGUGAAACCUACUACAGUCGCAAUUUCAAGACCGUAAAUGCUAUCCGGUACAUGAGUCCUUACAGCACAAUAAAUAUAACGGUCAUGGGAUCCGAAGGACGUGAUUAUCGCGAGUUCCGCGCCAAGCUGAUUACAGUUUACUCUGAUGAAGAGGGGUACGGUUGGUCUAAGUUACUUGCGGCGAUAGACGGAGCGAUGAUUGAAACGAAGCUCACUGAAACGCACGUUGAGUAUGCUCAGCCGGUAAACCUGUACGACACUCAGCCACCAGAAGCCGGGAACAUGGUGGUCACCAACAGUGAGCCUCAACCAAUUAAAGCGAAAUCGGAAAAUAUUCACAUACACAUUAACGAAUUUGACUUGGGGCAAGUGUAUCCCGGAUUUCGUAACUUCGCAAUAGGCGCCGCUAUUUUGGUUUUCUCCAUACUAGGUAUAGCACUCAUCGACAUCAUACGGCGGACCGUGGCAAAUCAUCGUGCGAAACGGUUGCGUAUAGGAAAGUACAGUCGAACGUAGCAUAAUUACAGUUCGCAAAUUAUUAAACACACCUUGCACGGUCUAUUUAAAAUUGUAGUGCGUUUCGCAUUUUAUUAGCAUAUUCACAAGUAUUAGUGUAUAGUUAAUUUGUUUGUUCAAAGAGACACAGCGUGUAUUUAAAAUGAAAUAAAA